AUGGGCGUCUGGACCACCCGGCCAGGCCCGGGACGCCAGGACGCCCGCGUGGCCGCGGAGCCCGUGGAGGACACGGACCCCAGCACGCUGUCCUUCCACGUGUCCGACAAGUACCCCAUUCAGGACACGGGACCCCCUAAAGUGGAGGAAUGUGAUCCAGUUCCUUUGAGCGGCCGGACGAGCCCUGACGUGCACCCUCAGGGAGAAGAAAACGGCUUUGCAGACACACCCGGAGAUCCCCUCACAGACGCCAGCGAGGUCAAGGCCAAGGCCAAGGCCGCCCGCGAGGCCCAGUCCUGCGGGGACGGCUGCGCCUGCUCCGCCUGCUCGCCCCGGCCGCCCACCAUCAGCGACCUGCUCAACGACCAGGACCUGCUGGACGCGAUCCGGAUCAAGCUGGACCCCGUGCACCCCACCAUCAAGAACUGGAGGAACUUCGCCAGCCGCUGGGGCAUGCGCUACGACGAGCUGUACUUCCUGGAGCAGCAGCGGCCGCAGAGCCCCACCCUGGAGUUCCUGCUGCGCAACAGCCAGCGGCCGGUGGGCCAGCUGCUGGAGCUGUGCCGCCUCUACCACCGCGCCGACGUGGAGCGCGAGCUGCGCCGCUGGCUGGACGAAGAGUGGCCCAAGCGGGCCCGCGGCGACCACCCCCGGAACUUCUAG